GAUCAAAGCACCGAAGGCGCACACGGAAUGCCCAGUCCUCACGUCGUUGAUGCGAUAGCCGAGCACUCGGAGCCAUAUAAGUCAGCGUCGCGUGCCCACGUCCUCCCCCACCACCACCAUCACUCAUCGCACCCCCUGCAACUCCCACCGCGAACAAUGGGAUCCGUGAAGAAGGCGGCGGCGGCGCUGCAACUGAGCCCGGAGGAGGACGAGGAGGCGUGCAUGUACGCGGCGCAGCUGGUGAGCAGCUCCGUCCUCCCCAUGACCCUCAAGGCCGCCAUCGAGCUCCAACUCCUGGAGAUCAUCGUCGGCGCCGGCCCCGGCGCCAGGCUCAGCCCCGCCGACGUUGCGGCCCAGCUGCCCACCACGAACCCGCAGGCCGCCGCCAUGGUGGACCGCAUCCUCCGCCUCCUCGCCGCCUACGGCAUCGUCAGCUGCGCCGUCGAGGCCGGCCGCGACGGCCGCCCUUGCCGCAUGUACGGCGCCGCGCCCGUCUGCAAGUACCUGACCAGGAACGAGGACGGCGUGUCCUUCGCCGCCCUGAGCUUGAUGAACCAAGACAAGGUCCUCAUGGAGAGCUGGUACCACUUGAAGGAGGCGGUGUUGGAGGGCGGCAUCCCCUUCAACAGGGCGUACGGGAUGACGGCGUUCGAGUACCACGGCACGGAUCCGCGGUUCAAUAAAGUGUUCAACGAGGGCAUGAGAAGCCACUCCAUCGUCAUCACCAAGAAGUUCCUCCAGGUCUACCGCGGCUUAGACGACGUCAAGGUGCUCGUCGACGUCGGCGGCGGCAUCGGCGCCACCCUGCACAUGAUCACCUCCACGCACCCUCACAUCCAUGGCAUCAACUACGACCUCCCUCAUGUCAUCUCCGACGCGCCGCCCUUGCCAGGCGUGGAUCAUGUCAGCGGCGACAUGUUUGAGAGCGUUCCCGGCGGAGACGCCAUUCUUAUGAAGUGGAUCCUACAUGACUGGAGUGAUGAGAGUUGUGCAAAGAUAUUGAACAACUGUUGGAAGGCUUUGCCAGAGAAUGGAAAGGUGAUAGCAGUGGAAUGUGUUCUUCCAGUAGUCCCAGAGCCAAGUCUCAGAACACAGAGUGUUUGCCAUGUAGAUCUCAUCAUGUUGGCUCACAAUCCUGGAGGCAAAGAGAGAACUGAAAUGGAGUUCCAGGAGUUGGCAAAGCAAGCUGGCUUCUCAGGGUUUAAACCCACUUAUGUGUAUGCCAAUACCUGGGCACUAGAAUUCACAAAAUAGAUGAUGAGAAGCCAUGCUUGGUUGGAGCCUCAUCUUAUAUGUAACUCAAGAACAAAAAUGCUGAGAGAGAUGAUGGAUCUCAUCCUCCUGUUGUAUGUUCAUGCAUUCUGUAUCCAAGAUCUUUGAAUGGGAUAGACUGCAUCAUGUUGCCACAUUGUCAAAGUAUGCAUACAUAUUAUUAUUGGAAA